AUGGCGGGCGAAGUCGUGGGAUGGCUGCAGAUCCUUGUUGCUGGCGAGGAUGUACAUGGAUGCCACGGCAGUCACAUCGAGAUUUGCGGGAACGAGCAGUUCUACCUUGGGAGAGACGCCGAGCUCUGUCGUUACACAUGGUGCGAUGACCUCACCAUCUCACGACUGCAUCUGCGCAUCCACUGCAUUCUUUACGAGCAAGACCCCAUCUCAGACAUCUCACCAUUUCUUUAUGCGACUGAUCUGUCAGCCAAUGGAACUUACCUGAAGAAGAGCAAUGUCGAGUAUGCCGCAUCCCAAGACGACGGGGUUCUCAUGGGCCGCAAGAACACUUUCCUGCUGGAUGCCGGCGAUGAACUGCACAUAUCGGAGAAUAUCACAUUGAUUUACAUCUCAAGAAGUCCUGUGAAGACUAUCAAGCUGACACCCACCCAAGAAGUCGAGAGACAAAUGUUUAGCGCUCGAUAUCUCGUCACUUCUCGUAUGCUCGGUGCGGGCGGAUACGGUAAAGUACUAGUGGGUGUUCAUCAACAGACACAGAGACAGCUCGCGUGUAAAAUCGUUCGACUGGAUGAAAUUGCUGCGAAAGCUUCGCGUCUCCCAACGGCUGAUCGAAAAAAGCAUGUCAGCUCGUCAAGGGAACGAUGCUUUCGAGAGUUCGACAUCCUCAAAGACCUCAGCCACCCCAACAUUAUCAGUGUCGAGAAAGUCUUUUGCAGCCGUGACAAUAUUUACAUAUUUCAAGAGCUCAUUACAGGCGGCGAUCUAUUCUCUUUUCUAGAGUUCAAAGGCGGGCGGCUCAACUGCAUGCAGACGGCAGCCAUUGUGUACCAGGUGCUCAAGGGGAUCGAGUACCUGCACAGGAAAAAUGUUGUACACCGGGAUCUCAAGCCGGACAACAUCCUGAUGUCAUCACUCGAAGCUGGUGCUCGCGUCGUCAUCACUGAUUUUGGCAACGCAAGGUUCAUUCCUGACAAGACCAGCCAGCCCAACAAGUACCAGCGAAUGUUUUCAUACGUCGGUACUCUGGAAUACGCAGCGCCUGAAAUUCACCGAGCUAACCCGACCAUCCCUGUCGAACGUGGAUACUCCAAAAGUGUAGAUAUGUGGUCUAUCGGCGCACUUACAGCUACUGUCCUUUCAGGCGAUCACUUGUUUACUGACCGCACCCAUCCUGAUUACGACAGAAAUGCGCAACGUGUCAUUGUGAGCCUAGCAGCGGUAUGCAAUCUGAGCGUACUUGACGACCAUCAUCAUCCGUUAUGGAAAUCUGUGGGCCCUCAGCCAAAAGACUUCAUCAGAAAGCUGCUGGUAUUGAGAGAAGAAGAUCGAAUGACAGCAUCUAAUGCCCUCGCACACCCUUGGUUCACAUGCUAUGCCAAAGAUGUUGAAGAGGUGUACAAGCGCUCAAUCGCUGAUUGGAAGCCCCAUCAGAAAAACCAUCGACUCGUGGAAGAUAUCAAUAAGCUCUCGCUGCAUUCUGUCACUAAUGGUGCUUCUGCUGUUCGAGAGAAUACUAAUUCAUACUUACAUGGAAUGCAAGAUUCUCAGGGCACAGCAUCGUCUCUGGGACGUGGCAAGUUGAUCCAUAGUCCGGCGAAUCAGCUCUCGCACAACAGCGCAGCCCCAGCCGACACGUAUAACAACAGGCCAGACAGCAGAGAAGGUUUCGUGGAAUCGGCAGAGAGCUUCAAUGUAGUGUCAAAUCACCAUUCACAGCAGGAAUGUUUAGACCAUCGGCCCCCAUUUAUGGGUAUCCGGCUAGAGAACGAUUUGGUCCAAGUCAGCGAGACACCGACUGAAGAGUAUGAAUACCCUAAGCUGGACAAUAAAGACGGCUGCGUUGUGGACCAGAUGUACCACCCGGAACACCGUAAAGACAAACGUCCGCAGCAAAAGACGCUCAAGCGGAAAAAUGUAUCUGUCUUGGUACCGGAAACGCCUCCCAAGUUGUCACCAAAGUAUGCGCGACUCAAGAGAUGA